CAACCUUAAAUAGCUCUUUUUUUUUCUUCGGCAAUAUUAUGCAUGUAAUUUAUUAAAGGGCGACAUACUUGAUGUGUCUACAAUCAUCCAAUAAUAUACGGGGUAAGUUGAAUCCAAUAAUAUAUGUGGUUGUCCGGUUUACUAUCAUGUGGAUGAGGGUAAGUUUGAAUCCAAGAGCAAAAAAGGGUGUUUUGUGGGUUUUAAAGAUGGAUUUAAGGGAUUUAGAGUCUUGUCACCUUUUGAGCUUAGAGUUAUACUUAACAGGAAUGUGAUAUUUGAUGAGAAAUCUAUGUUUAACCCCAUGUUGAAGGUUAUUGUUGUUGGAGAUAGCAGGAAUGUUGAUAAAGAGGUGGAGCUGCAAACUCUCAAAGAGAGUAAGUUUGAGCACCAAGGUGGAGAAGAUCAACAUGAAGAUGUUUCUGAUGAGCCAGAAACUUCAACGUCUAGUGUAGGAGCUCAACAGUCUAUAACUUCCGGUGGAUCGAAGAGAGCGACUGUAGGAGUACCUGCACAGAGGUAUGGCUUCAAUGACAUGGUGGGGUAUGCUUUUCAGGUUGCUGAAGAGGUGGAUGCGGGUGAGCCACAGUCUUACAAAGAAGAAUUUUCGUGUGCCGAAGCCGCUCAGUGGCUUGCUGCAAUAGGAGACGAAAUGGAAUCCCAUGACAGGAAUCAGACUUGGGAGUUGGUCAAACGCCCAUAGGGAAGAAAGAUUGUUACAAACAAGUGGAUCUACAACAAGAAGGAAGGAAUAACUUUUGAAGAGGGCAUUAAAUUUAAAGCGCGUGU